GAGAGAAGCUGGGGAGCAAGAUGGCGGGAAGCAAGAUGGCGGCAACCAAGAGGAAACGGCGUGGAGGCCCGGCUGGUCCGGCGAAAAAGCUGAAAAGAAGCGAAAAAGACGCCAAGCCGCCUGCUAAGUCAAGCGAGGUGGCAGAGGAAGCGGAGGAGGAAGAUAGAAAUCGUAUUCCGGGCCCGGUUUGCAAGGGCAAGUGGAAAAAUAAGGAACGGAUUCUCAUCUUUUCUUCCAGAGGAAUAAAUUUCAGAACAAGACAUUUAAUGCAAGACUUGAGAAUGUUGAUGCCACAUUCUAAAGCAGAUACUAAAAUGGACCGUAAAGAUAAGUUAUUUGUGAUUAACGAGGUUUGUGAAAUGAAGAACUGCAAUAAAUGUAUCUAUUUUGAAGCUAAGAAAAAACAAGAUCUCUAUAUGUGGCUUUCAAAUUCACCCCAUGGACCAUCUGCUAAAUUCCUUGUUCAAAAUAUUCAUACCUUAGCUGAACUAAAGAUGACUGGAAACUGUUUGAAAGGUUCUCGGCCUCUCUUGUCUUUUGACCCUGCUUUUGAUGAAUUACCGCAUUAUGCUUUGUUAAAAGAACUCCUAAUUCAGAUCUUUAGUACCCCACGGUAUCAUCCUAAAAGCCAGCCAUUUGUGGACCAUGUGUUUACGUUCACCAUUUUGGAUAAUAGGAUAUGGUUUCGGAACUUUCAGAUCAUAGAAGAAGAUGCUGCUCUUGUAGAAAUCGGACCCCGUUUUGUCUUAAAUCUAAUAAAGAUUUUCCAGGGAAGUUUUGGAGGACCAACUUUGUAUGAGAAUCCUCAUUACCAGUCACCAAACAUGCAUCGGCGUGUCAUAAGAUCCAUCACAGCUGCAAAAUACAAAGAGAAACAGCAAGUGAAAGAUGUUCAGAAGCUGAGAAAGAAAGAACCAAAGACUAUUCUUCCUCAUGAUCCCACUGCAGAUGUUUUUGUUACGCCAGCUGAGGAGAAACCAGUAGAAAUACAGUGGGUAAAACCAGAGCCAAAAGUUGAUUUGAAAGCAAGAAAGAAAAGGAUUUACAAAAGGCAAAGAAAAAUGAAACAGAAGAUGAGCAGUGGGAAUGCAAAAUGAAUCCAUGAAUAACUAAUUGUUUUCAGUUUUAUAUUUAUUUUGUAUUCAAUGUGUACAUAUUUUUAUUACCCAGUUUAUGUCUAAUUAGUGUGGCAUUUAGAAGAGAAAAGUUAAGAUUUUUGUGGCUGGGGGGGUGUCCUAUGUUUUUCUAAAUAAAAUAUCACCAGAACUCAUCA